AUGAACGAUAAAGAUCGUAUUAUAAAUAGUCAUUCUGUAAAAGAGGAAGUCAAUAUAUCAUCCUACCCACUUACAGAGUGUAAUGAUGUUACAAAUCAUUCCGUCAUAAAUAGGCUUCGGCCUAAAGUUUGGGCUCAGACACGACAAGAACUGUGUGAGACGUUAAAUUAUUUUAGAACGUAUCAGAGCGGUGUGUAUCAUAAAGAUAACGUAGUUUAUUCGUACCUUAUGGAUGCAUUUGGAGCAAAGAGAGAUGUUUGCAAUGGGCGAGUAAUUAUAUCGCAUGGUGGAGGUAAAAGCUCUAAACAAAACAAUGGUAGAUACGGUCUUUUUGAAUCGCAAUUAACCACUGACGCUUCGGUUAGUUCUUUGCUGAACAAUUUCGUUGAUAAACAACCGGUGAUAAUCAUUGUUGGUAAUAAGUGUUCAAUUGCUAAAUUCCAAGUUCCUGCACGGUAUUGUGUACUUGGGAUGUAUCUAAUUACGCACGCGUGGCCAGAAUAUGAAGUAGUCAAUGGAUUAGAAGAGAAAGAUGAUGAUGAUGAUUUAACAGAUGAAGAGGUUUUAAUCGAAAAUUCUUUAUUAGUUAAACCCAAAAUCAAGAAACGUAAAUCUGUGGUAAAGCAUUUCAUUCGUUGGAAAUUUCGAUUUGAAUGGAUGACCAACCAAGAAUUUGAACCUUGGUGGGAAACCCCCGUGGAGAUGAUGAUGAUGAACUCGUUGAUGAUUGAUACUCCAGAUUAUGAUAUAUGUCUCGCGUGUGGAGAUUCUUCCAUACAGAUUUACGAUAUUUGGAUUUGUCUCAAUCAUUUAUGCAAGUUAUUUUGGAAGGUUUGGAAUUCGAAUAAAAGAAAUUGGGAACUCGCUUCACAAAACCUAAAUUACAAACAGACAUUUUUAAACCCUGGGUUUGUUCCUAAAGAAUUGUUGAUGAAACCGCUACCAUUUAGCAUUAUUCCUCCUUUGAUACCUACUGCUCAAGUAGGAUUUGACACUUAUACUUCUCUACAAUGGAAAGGGUAUCACUGUCGAAGAUGUGGAAGGGUAUCUUGUCGUAUUAAAUGGAAUGGUUGGGAAUGUUUUAACUGUCAUAAAAUGCAACCUGCGCCGAGAUUGAUUAUCGACAAAUCAAUGUUAGUCGAUCCUUACCGACCAAUCUUCACUGGUCCAGCCACUGAUUGUGAUGGAUCUAUCUUAGAGGGCAGUGACAUUUUUCGAAAACGAACCGUUUUAUCUGAUGGUGAAAUUUUAAUGGAAUACAAAUUUCCAGAAGGUGGACAUGUGUUUCAUUAUGUGUCGAAUGAAAAAACCAAUAAAAUGCCGGAUACGUUCCUAAAAGAAUUUCAAAAAAUUGAUUGUGAAAAUUUGAAAAGACAUCCUGUUAAACAAUUGACUAAUAGGGUGGGAUCUUGUUUAUUCUCGAGACAAUUCACUCUUAACAUCGGAGCGCAUUAUAAACAAGCGCUCGAUUUGGAUACUGUACCAUGGUCAAGUUCCCCAAAAGUAUGUAAGGAUUCUUUUGUGUAUAUGCAAAACAUUGUCAGGAACUUUGUUGUUCCAAAAGCCAAUUUCAACCAAAUGCUCACGGCCAUUUACAUGGAAGGUCAAAAAAUGUCAUGGCAUGAUGAUGGUGACAAAGGAGUUGGUCCGGUUAUAGCGACCCUUUCUCUAGGAUCCUCCGCUGAAAUGAGAUUUCGUCGAAAAGUAAAAAAAGAUGAACAUAAACUUGUGAAUGAAUCCGAAUCAACUAAACAAAAUGUUGAAAAUACUAGAUUAGAAACAACAGAACGUGAAGUUGAGACCUCUUCUACGUGUUUAGACUACAAUAGGAAAAGGAAGUUAAUGAAUAACGAAAGCACUUUCCAAGAAAAUCAGGAUAACACUAAUGCAAAUGGAAAUAAUGUGUCCAAAAAAGGAAGGAGGAAAAGGUUCUCUAGAAAUGUGAUGGUAGGUAGCAAAAUCAAACCUCAAGUCGAACAAGAAGCGGAAAGUGCUAUGAAUGUUGUUCAAUUACCUCCAAUUAGAAAUUUAACCACCCCUGAUGAAGAUAAACUACCUGAAUUUUCAAGUAUUGUGUCAAAUUUAGAGGAAUCCACGAAUCGAUCUUCAUAUCUGCCUAUUGAUAUUUCUAAGGUAUAUAUCAAAAGGAGAAUUUCCGGUCCCGAGUUGUCAUUAAUUUUGCAUCAUGGAGAUUUGAUAGUAAUGAAUGGUCAAGUUUUACAAGAUAAUUAUGAUCAGUGA